AGGCUGGUCUAGUAGGCUGGUACUGGGUAGGGCACUCUGUGCAGACGGUGCGGGUUGCGUCAUGUCAGAGCCGAGUCCUCCUUACACAGACGAACAGCUCAAAUCAGACGAAGUGUCGAAGAAAGACAUUCUGCAAUUCGUUCAGGAGCACGCGUCGACGAAGUUUCUUCGGGAAAGAAAACUGCAUGGAAAGUUGGCAAGCAUUGCAAAAUGUACAAAGAAGGAUGACCUAAUAGCCGCAUAUAAAAGUCUUUUUGCAACCAAGGCAUUCAAGACUGCAGGCGAAGAAGACGAAGAGACUGCUGCUGUUGCUGCGGUGACAGAGAAGGUAGCCAAAACGACAGUUAAAGACAAAAAGGCUGCUCGCUCUCACAAGGAAGCUGAACCUCCACGGUACACAAAGAAAAUAUUAAAGAAAGGAAAUGGCUCAACAUUUCCUCAAAAAGGAGACACUGUUGGGUGCUUUUACAAGGGAAUGCUCACAGAUGGAACAGUCUUUGAUACAAACAUUGGUGGAGCGGGAUCCAAGAAAAAGAAAGGCAGUGGUGAGCCACUAAAAUUUAAAGUUGGGCAAGGCAAAGUUAUAAGAGGAUGGGAUGAAGCAUUACUGACAAUGAGCAUGGGAGAGAAGGCCGAACUCGUAAUUGAACCAGAAUGGGCUUACGGAAAAAAGGGCCUACCAGAUGCAAAGAUUCCAGCCAAUGCGACGCUACAGUUCGAGGUUGACUUGGUUAGCGUGGAGUGAGAGAAGUGAACAAGUACAAUACAUUGCUGUUGCCUUACCGAUUGUUCUCUCUUGUGUUACAAUAAUACAAGUCCAUAACAUUGA